AUGCCAUUUGGUUUGAAUAAUGUUGGUGCCAUGUAUCAAAGGGCUAUGCAAAAUAUCAUUGAUGACUUACUCCAUAAAAAUGUUGAAUGUUAUGCUGAUGACUUGGUGGUGAAGUCGAGAAUGAGGGGUGAUCAUUUGAAAGACUUAAGAAUGGUGUUUGAGUUGCUGCGAAGAUAUCAAUUGAGGAUGAAUACACUGAAAUGUGCCUUCGGAGUUACUUCCGGCAAGUUCCUUGGCUUUAUUGUGAGACAUCGAGGAACCAAAAUUGAUGAAGCCAAAUUUGAUGCAAUAUCAAGGAUGCCCGAGCCUCAAAAUAUUCAUGAGUUAAAAAGUCUCCAAGGAAAGUUAGCCUGCUUAAGGAGAUUCAUCUCAAAUCUAGCAGCAAGAUGUCAACCAUUCGGUCACCUCAUGAAAAAAAGUGCUUCUUUUAAUUGGGACCAAACAUGUAGUGAUGUCUUUAAAAGUAUCAAAUCGUAUCUAGCAAAACCUCCGGUUUUGGCAUCCCCUAUACCUGGAAAACCAUUGAUACUCUACAUUGCACCACAAGAAAGGACAGCAUAUCACACUCCAACUCAAGCAACACCACAUUCAUUUACUUUUGGAGUUGAAGCAGUCCUGCCACUCGAGCGUCAAAUAUCUUCCUUAAGACUUGCUAUUCAAGAAAGGCUCACUGAAGAAGAAAAUGCUCAACUCCGUCUUUCUGAGUUAGAAGCACUUGAUGAAAAGAGGCUAGAAGCUCCACAAAACCUUGAAUGUUAUCAAGCUCGUCUAUCUCGUGCUUUCAGUAAAAAGGUUUGCUUGAGGUGCUAUUAA